GGGGGUGUUCCACCCCCCACACCCCCCCGGUCGGGCCAGCCCUGUCAACAUGAAACUCUUUGUAAUCAUGAAGCUGAUAAUAAAAUAGAUUACACAAAAAAAAGAAAAGUGUCAAUAACAAAAAUAAUUUUUCUAUUUAGAUCAAUUAUAUGGUUUAGAAAAAUUCUGGGUAUUUUUAAAAUAUUCUCGACAAAAACCAAAAAUCAAUUCAAAACUUGAAGAAAUUUUAAAAAAUUAUAAAAAUCUUGAAGAUUUUCGUGUUGAUGGUGCAUCAUUUCCACAACAAUUUUUUCCAACAAAAUCAAAUGUUUUAGGAAGAAUUGAUAUUGGUUUAGGUAUUGGUGGUGGUGUGAUUAAUUCUAUACUUUAUAAUGUUGAUGAUGAUCAUCGAGAUAUUAUUUUUGAUCGUUUUCAAGGUGUUAAACUAGAUGUUAUUGAAGAAGGAACUCAUUUUAUGAUUUCAUGGUUUCAUAGACCAAUUAUAUUUGAUAUUCGUACACGACUACGAUCUGUUCCAUCGAUAACAGAAAUAAAAGAUUUACAAACAAUUAAUAUAACAUUACGUAUUCUUUAUCAACCAAGAGCUGAACUUUUACCAAAAAUUUUUUGCAAAUUUGGUUUUAAAAUCUGUUGUACUAAGUCUCAAUUUGAUGCUAUUGAAUCGGUUACACAACGUACACUUAUUUCUCAAUGUGUUAGUGAAUUAUUAACAGAACGUGCUGCUCAAUUUGGUUUGUUACUUGAUGGUAUUUCAAUUACACAUUUAAGUUUUAGACCUGAAUUUACAAGUGCUGUUGAAUUAAAUCGAAAAAGUAAAUCAAUAAGAAUAAAAUUUGUAUGGGUUUGUUUUUUUGAUAAAAAAAAACAGAUGGGACAAAGUCGUCAAGCAAAUGUUAUUGCAGCAGAAGGUGAUGCUCAUACAGCUGAUUUGAUUGGGAAAGCUUUAGAUGAAGCUGGUGAUGAUAAAUGUUUAAUCGAACUUCGACGAAUUGAAGCCGCUGAAGGUAUUGCAAAUCAAUUAUCAAAAUCAAGAAAUAGCGUCUAUUUACCACAUGGUCCUCAAAUGUUACUUAACAUUAUUGGCGCUACAACUCAUUUUCAACUUGUUCUAUCACGUGAUCAAGGUUUUAGUCGACAAAGGUUAUUUACUGCAGUCCCAUUAAUUAAUCAAUAUCCUAUAGGUUCAAUUCUUCUUGAAAAUCCAUAUAAUGCUUUAAGAAAAUCAUCAGAUCUACUUCAUUGGUAUCAAAAAAUGAAAUUAACAUCAGCUAUUCUACAUGAUUUUUCUCUUGGUGGACAUAUGGCUUCAUUAGCAUUUACAAAAUGGCCUAAUCCACUUUCUCGACAAUUCUAUGAAAAUAAAGCCUCUCAAACAUUUUAUGAUUAUUUACGUGAACGAAAUCGAUCAAUAGGUUCAAAUGAAAUUGUUCUCGAUCUUAUUAAAGACAUGAUGCAUUUUCUUAUGGAUGAAUUUACAUCUUUAUAUAAUUAUUCACGUUCAGUUCAGUCAAAUAUAUCUAAUGCUAUGUUUAUUGCUUGUACACAUGAUGGUUAUGUGAUGGUAUUCUACAUAUGAAUGAUGUAUGGCCUGGUAUUCAUAUUCGAUAUAUUCCUCAUGGACAUGUUAGUGCAUUUUUAUUUGGAUGUGGAUGCGAGUUUGGGUGUGGAUAUGCGUAUGAGUGUCUUAUUUUCAGUCACAGCCACAUUCAUC